CCAUUCACAAAAACACACACACAAAGACAAACAAAACAUGGAGGUGGCUUGGCCUGAAAACCUUUCCACCAUUAGAGAAAGAAUGAUUGAGGAGCUGAUGAUAGGCCUAGAGCUCGCAAACUUGCUUCCGAAUGUUGUCGCUGAAUCGGAUGGUGGGUUCGGAUCCGCCAAAGAUUUAGCGUCAAAGAUAAUCAAAUCGUUCUCCAACAUAUUUACCCUUUUGAAUAUUGUUAGAGAGGGUGAUGAUGACCAGGUCUCUGUGCUCUCUCAAAUCCAAGUUGAAGAUUCUUCACCAUGUUUGGUUGCUUGGAAAUCUGAAGAUUAUUCUCCAGAAAGUUGUAGGCCUCCUAAUAAUACUCCCACUAAAAAGAGUCGUCGGGGAUGUCAUCAGAGAAGAAGAUCCUCACGAACAUGGAAAAGAGACACACCAAUUCUCAUCAAUGACGGUCAAGCAUGGAGGCAGUAUGGACAGAAAUCGAUUCUCAAUUCCAAAUUUCCAAGGUACUACUACAGGUGCGCAUACAAGUAUGAUCAAGGCUGCGAAGCAACAAAACAAGUACAAAGAAUUCAAGUGAAACCCCCACUUUACCGGACCACAUAUUUUGGGAAUCACACAUGCAGCGAUCACGAUUUAAUCUUGGAAGGUACUGGUAAUUCUAGUGACACUUCCAUGUUAAUCAGCUUCGACGGUUCCAACCUCACAAGCAAAAAAGAUCAAUAUCCAUUAAUUGUCUCUUCAACCAAACAAAAAGUUAACGACGAGAUCAUAACAAGUGGUCUUGUGAACCAUAACGAGUACUCAUCGUCGUCGGAUUAUUUCGUGUCACUUAAUCAAGAGGCGAUUCCAUCAUCGAGACCCAUGUGCUUGUCAACAUCUCAUGAGUCUGAUUUUGAUGAUGUAAUAAAUGGGUUGAUGGAUUAUGUUGACUUGAAUCCUGAUGUUUUCUAAUUUUAUUGUUGAUGGGUAUUAUGUAUAUUUUGAAAUUCCUUGCAAUUUGAAUUCAAUAAUGGGGCAUCCAUGUAAUGUUGGAUUUUCCUGUUUCUUGUAAGAUUCAUAAUUAGGCUAUUUUUGAG